CGGUGCGUCGCAGUCUGCAGCCGAGGGGCCGAGGCGGCGACAGCGGGACGGACAGGCGGAGACAGACCGAGGGAGAGACACACAGAGAGGAACCCGUCCUGCGUCCUGCGUCCUGCGUCCUUCUCCCGGCAUGAGUUACUACGGGUCCCAGCAGGACCUGGACCGCCGGGCCGGGUCCAAGGGCGACCUGGCGCGCGCGGGGACCUACCAUUACGCGCGGAGCGAGAACUGGCACGGCGGCGGUAACGGAUACGACCCGUACGCGGACGGAUACAAAUCCUUGUCCUACUCCAAGACCACGAAGGGCGGCGCGGGGGUCGCGACGCUGAGCAGAACGCUGGGCGGCGGCGGCGGCGGCGGAGGCGGCGGAGGCGGCAUGAUGAGCACCGGAGGUGGCAUGAUGAGCACCGGAGGCGGCAUGAUGAGCGGCGGAGGCGGCAUGAUGAGCACCGGAGGCGGCAUGAUGAGCACCGGAGGCGGCAUGAUGAGCGGCGGAUGCGGCAUGAUGAGCACCGGAGGCGGCAUGAUGAGCACCGGAGGCGGCAUGGUGAGCGGCGGAUGCGGCAUGAUGAGCACCGGAGGCGGCAUGGCAGAGGGAAUGAGCUCCAGCCUCAGUGCCAUCCACCAGAGGGCCAUGGGCCUGCAGGCCCAGUGCCAGGAGUACCUGCAGAAGUCCGAGUACGCCCUUCAGUCGGGCGGCGCCACCAGCGACGCGGAGCGCUACAUGGCGAUGGCCAGAGAAACCAUCGAGCAGAUGAAGACCUGCGCCAUGGACCUGAGGCAGCUGGGACAGCCCAACGACAACGUGGUCCGAACCCUGGAGCUGUGCAGGGACCAGCUGAAGGGCGUCCACAUGGCCAUGACGGGCUCCAUGAAAAGGAGGAGGAGCACUAGAGAGAGCGUCGGCGCCUGGGAGGAGCCGGGGAGGAGCUUCAAUGACGCCAUCGCCUGGAUUACGCAGCAGAAGCGUCUGAUCGAAACUGCCCAAUGGGGAGACGACUCCGCCGCCAUCGAGCAGCAGCUCAUCAGCCACCAGAAGUUUCACAGCUCCAUCCAGAGGAGCCCCGAGGUGGACCGGGCCCGGGACGACCUGGCCAAGAAAGGAGACAAAGGGAAUAUUCACGCCCUGGACCAGGAGUGGGACAGUCUCCAGCAAAUGUCGUUCGGUCGGACGGAGCAGCUGCGAGAGCUGCAGGAGAUCAUCCAGGAGAUUUCCAAGGAGAUCAUGUGGGUGAACGACCGGGAGGAGGAGGAGCUGGUGUUCGACUGGGGAGACAAGAACAUCGACCAGUACAUCCCCAAGAAGCAGGAGGGCUACUCGAACCUGAUGAGCGCCCUGGAGGACAAGGAGAAGGACCUGAAUAAACUCAAAGCCAAAGUGGACGCGCUCCUGAAGAACAACCACCCGGCCUCAGACAAGAUCGAGGCGUACAAAGACACGCUGCAGACCCAGUGGAGUUGGCUCCUUCAGAUAACCAAGUGCAUCGAUACUCACCUGAAGGAGAACGGAGCGUACAGCCAGUUCUUCAAAGAGGCCAACGAGACGUACGGCAUCCUGCAGAAGGAGCACGAGACCGUUCGUAGGAAGUUCACCUGUGACAAGAACACGUCUCUGGAGAACCUGCUGGAGCUGGUCCAAGGACUGGAGAGGGAGAAGGAGAAGAUCAUGGACAACAAGAGGCAGGUGCAGCAUCUGGUCAACAAGUCGAAGAGCAUCGUGAGACUGAAGCCCAGGAACCCCGAGGACAAGAGCAGCAGCCAAGUCAUCGUCAAGGCUCUGUGCGACUUCAAGCAAGACCAGAAGGUGAUCUGCAAGGACAACGAGGCCAUCCUGAAUGACAACAGUCAGCGCAGCAAGUGGGAGGUGACCGGCCCGGGGGGACUGGACAUGCUGGUGCCGUCCGUGUGUCUGAUCAUACCGCCGCCCAACCCCAUCAGCGUCAGCCUGGCUCACAAGAACGAGCAGUACUACGGGGCCAUCCUGUCCAUCUGGAAUCAGCUGUACAUCAACGCCAGGAGUCUCAUCGCCUGGCAGUACUGUCUCCUGGAUAUCAGAAGCAUCAACUCCCUCAACAUAUCCAUGCUGGCCAAGAUGCGUCCUGAGGAGUAUCGCCUGAUGAUCAAGAACCUGGAGACUCACUGGGAAGAGUUCAAGCGCAGCUACCUCGGCUCGCAGAUGUUUGCCGACGAGGACAAGAGCAACAUGGAGAAGCAGUUCACCGGCGCCCAGGCCCGCUACGACCAGCUGGUGGUGGAGCUGCCGACCUACAUCGCACAUCAGGAAGAAGUAGUGGCACAGGAAUCAGCCGGGCAGCAGCAGGAACGAGCUGCCGCGGAGGCGGAGGCGGAGGCGGAGGCCUGGAGGCUGGAGGAAGAGCGGCGGAAAGCGGAGAGGAAGAAGCUGGCGGCGAGGAAAGCGGACGUGAAGAAGGAGGUGAAAGUGACCAAGACAGAGCCGCCGAAGAAGAAGGUGCAGGUGUCCUCCUCAACCUCCCGCAGCCUAUCAGAUCUGCAAGCGCUCAGACUGAGGCUGGAGGCGGCCGAGGGCUCGCUGAGCCAGCACGUUCACAUCUGCCUCGGGGACGACGGGGCGCACGAGUGCGGCCUCAGGAUCACACAGUUGGAGGGGGAGCAGCGCGACAUAGACUCGAUUCGUGAGGAAUACUCACGUCUGAGGGAGCAUAUCCUGAAGGAGCUGGAGGGCAUGAAGGAUUCAGAUAAAGCCCAGUUCCUCCGCAGCGAGUUGGGCAGCACCAACGAAAGACUGGGCAGCCUGGAUAGCAGCUAUGCUGCUUUCCUACAGAGGCUGCAGGCUCUAAUGGACAUGCUGGAGAGUGUGGCCCGAGCGGAGGACAUCGUGAAAGUUAACGAGGCGAGACUGACGGAGAAAGAUACAACCUCUCUGUCGCCGAGUGAAGUGGAGGAUUAUAUAUCGGAGCUGAAGAAUAUCAAAGCAGAGCUGGAUCAGAAGAAGGAGGUCGUGGCCGCCAUGGAGGCCCAGUUGGCCAAUGCGAGCCACUGGAACGGCCAAGUGGUCGGUACCUUCCACAGGUGUGACCUGAUGCUGUCCAAAUACACUGAGCAGGUGGGACUGCUGUUGGACCGCUGGAGACGAAUCCAGGGACAGAUCGACAUGAGAUUCCAGGAUCUGCAGCUGUAUCUGCCCCAGCUACAACACUACAAGCAAACCAGCAGCUCCUUUGAUGAAUGGAUCGAUGCCACGCGGAAAAAACAGGACGCCCUGCAGGCCACCAAGAUAGACAACGUCCAAACACUGAAAGACAACAUCAACAACCAGAAGGCACUGAACAUGGAAAUCAAAGCGAGGAGAGAGACAUUGGACAGUGUGCUGAAGGACAACGAGGCCUGUGUGACUUCUGUCAAGGACUAUGAGGCAUACCUCGCCUCUUACACAUCUGGCCUGGAGACUUUGCUCAACAUCCCGAUCAAGAGGACAAUGCUGAAGUCCCCAUCAAUGGAUCUCAAUCAGGAGGCAACACAUCUCCAGACGCGUUACAUGGAGUUGUUCACCCUCUCUGGUGACUACUACAAAUACCUGGGAGAGCUGCUCAAAAACAUGGAGGAGCUCAAGAUGCGCAACACCAGGAUUGACCUGUUGGAGGAAGAGCUUCGCCUGCUGAAGGAGGACAUGCAAGACCGCAACUCCAAGAACAAAUCACUGGAAGACAGUGUCGCCCGCUACCAGCUGGAGCUGUCCCAGUCCCAGAACCAGCUGCUGUCGAUGGAGGAAGUCAAGCAAAACACGGCGCUCCAGUGCAACUCCACCAAGGAAAGCCUAGAGACCACUCAGAACCAGCUGGCAGACCUCAACGAUCAGGUGGGGCGACUCAACUACUCGCUUGAGGAAGAAAAGAGUAAGAGGAGGCUGGCAGAGGAGCGCUACACCCAGCAGCAGGAGGAGUAUGAGUCAGUGCUGAGGAAGAGGCAGAAGGAGCUGGAGACGGUCAGCUGGUCCAAGGUGGAGGUGGAGAAGAGCGUGGUCACUAAGGAUCACGAGAUCGAACAGCUGCGGCAGCAGCUGGCGGAGGAGGCAGCGAGGAUUAAGGAGCUACUGAAGGAGAUAUCAAAGGUAAGGAGCCAAUGCAGUGCCGAGGUCAGUAACUUAAAGCUGAGCUACGAAUCCCACGUCAGCGUCAGUCGCACAGACAUUCAGAGACUGGCGGCCCUGAGGGAUGAGGAUACAGCUGAGCUCCGGCUGCAGUAUGACAGGAUGGAGGCGGAGAGGAAGGAUAUGGAGGAGGAGCUCAGGAGGCUCAGGAUGUCUUUCAGCCAGGCUGAGGACCAAAAGAAUAGGGCAGAGGAGGAAGCCCACAGUCAGCGUGCUGUCAUCACGGAGGAAGGGCGCAGGAGGAGAGAGCUGGAGAGUCAGGUGGAGGUGCUGAUGAGGCAGAGAGACAAGGAGAGCAGCAAGUACAGAGAAGAGCUGGCGGAGGUCAUGAACGCCCUGCAGGAAAAGACUGAGCAGCUGGUCUACGUCACACAUACUCUAGAGGAGGAGACCCGCAGGAGAAAGACCACAGAGGAAGGGCAGGAUGUGCUUGAAGAGAGUCUGGCCCAGCUGCAGGUGAAGCUAACCAAUUUGUCAAAAGCUGGGACCCAGCUGAGGGAGUGCCAGGGGGAGCUUGAGAAGAUGCGGUCAGAGCUGGAGAUGGAGAGCAGGGAGCGAAGCAGGGUAGAACAAAACGUGAGCAGGCUACAGGGACGCAUCAAGGACCUGCAGACCGUGAGGGAUGGGCUGGAGAGCCAGGUGGAGAAUCUGAGGAAGGCCAGCCAAGACGAAGUGGCCAGAAGAAGGCAGGUGGAAACAGAGCUGGAAAAGACCACCAUGACGAUGACAGAGUACACGAGCACCAUCGCCGCUCUACGCCAGAGCCAAGAACAAGCCAGCACGUCAGGAAAGAGAGGUGAAGAAGAGCGUCAAAGGUUGCAGGAGGAGCUGGAGAGAAGCUCGAGACAAAGCAAGACCUCUGCAGAGCACACGGCCAAGCUGAGUGCUGAGCUGAAGGCUCUGCAGCGGCAACUCCUCCAGGAGCAGGCGCGAGUCAAGGAGGCAAACCUUCUUCUUUACAAAACCACGGAGGAAAAAAUGAAGGAAGUAAACGAGAACUCCGCUGAGCUUCAAAGACUGAAGGAGAUGACAGAAACCCAGACCAAGGAGAGGCUGGGGCUGGAGGAGGAGCUAAGAAAAGCAAGACAUGAUAAAGAGGAACUGUUGAAAUCCAAAAAGGGAAGUGACGAUGAGCUCUCCUCCCAGAUCACUGCCCUGGACCUGCAGCUAAAGGCCAGUGAGCGGAGCAAUGUAGAGUACCGUAACCUGGUCUCAGAGCUCUCCUCCGAGAGGGAGAAACUCAAGCUGGAGACUGAGCGAAUACAAAAGAUGGCCACUGAGACAACAGCCACGAUGAAUUCCUAUCAGUCACAGUACAGUGAGAUUGUAAAGGAGAGAGAUGCUCUGUUGCUGAAAUUGCAAUCGUCCGAUAAGGACAAAGAUCGCUCCCUAGGGCUAGAAGAGGAACUCAAUCGCAUUAAACUGUCCCUCGAUUCUGAGGUUCGCAAUAAACAACAUCUACAGGAUGAGAACGAAAGGGUAAAGAAGGAUUUAAGUUACUGGAAGGACCAAUAUGAGGGCAAGCAGAGUCUGAUCAGGCAAUAUGACACAGACAAGGAGCGUAUGGAGAGGGAAAAGAGCUCUUUGAAAAGUGAGAUUGAAAGGCUAAUGAGGGAACUCAGGGAGCUUGAGGAGACAUAUAAAAAUAGGCUGUUAGCCAUCCAGAAAGAACUGCAAGAUGUGACCAUAGUCAGAAAAAACAUGGAGACCGAACUUAAGAGCGCUAGAGAGCCCCCAACCUUGGAUGGUGCAACUUUGAUUUUUGAUGGAGUCCGAAAGCCAGUUACAGCAAACCAGCUACUUGACUGUGGUGUGUUAGACAAGCUAACAUUUGACCAGCUUGUGAAGGGGCAAAAGACUGUCCCCGGGGUAUCUGUCGACAAAAAAAUCAGCCUUAAAGGGACAGGCCCGAUUGCUGGCGUGGUUGUUGAAAGUCCAAAAGGUCAUGGUUCCAUCAGUGGACCUCUCCACAAAAUGACUUUCACCGAAGCCAAGACAGAGAAUCUCCUGCCACCAGAUAGCGUUGACCUACUACUGGAUGCUCAGGCUGCCACAGGCCACAUCAUUGACCCGAGAACAAACCAGAAGUUGACAGUUCAGGAGGCAUGUGAUCAAGGUGUAGUUGAUGAAGAGGACAGAGAGAGGUUGUUAGCAGCAGAAGCCGCAGCUGUAGGAUAUGGUGGCCCUGGCACAAGCAAACCCAUUUCAGUAUAUCAGGCCAUGAAGAAAGGACUGGUUGACAAGAGCACAACACUACGUCUGCUACAAGCCCAGGAGUCUGUGGGAGGCAUUCUAGAUCCUGUACUUAGUGUGUUCCUUCCCAAAGACACAGCCAUUAAGCGUGAUCUAAUUGAUGAUGACAUAAAUCGUGCUUUGAAUAAGAGGCCUGAGCUCUACCUGGACCCAGACAGUGAGAAAGGUACUACUUAUAAGGCAAUGAAGAAGAGAUGUAAGGUAGAUCCGCACACCGGCCUUCUGCUUCUUCCUGUCUCUGAUAAGACAGACCCGUCAAAACUUGUCUUUGAUGGAGUUCGGAAACCUGUCACAGCCAAGCAACUGCUUGAUUGUGGAGUCCUUGACAAGCCAACACUUAAAGACCUAGAAAAGGCCAAGAAAACUGUCCCAGAUGUGUCUGUAGAGAAAAAUGUCAAUCUGAAGGGGACUGGACCCAUUGCUGGUGUUUUAGUAGGGAGUCAAGGCAAAAUGUCCUUAUCAGAGGCUAAGAAACAAAUGCUUCUGAGUAAUGGUUGUGCAGAUUUGCUUCUGGAAGCCCAGGCGGCCACAGGCCACAUCAUUGACCCUAUAAACAAUAAGAAGCUGACAGUAGAGGAAGCAUGUGCCAGAGGACUGGUGGAUAUUAGAGAUCGAGACAAAUUAUUGGCAGCAGAGGCCGCUGCCAUGGGAUACAAGGAUUCGAGCGCAUCCAAGCCUCUAUCAGUGUUUGAGGCUAUGAAGAAGGGAAUAAUUGACAGGAAUACGGGGCUACGUCUCCUGCAAGCCCAGGAGUCAGUGGGAGGAAUUCUAGAUCCCAGUCUCAGUGUGUUUCUACCUAAAGACACAGCAAUCAAGCACAACCUUUUAGAUGAAAACCUUCGUAAUGCUCUUAACAAGAGUCCUGCUUGUUACCUUGACCCAGACACUGAACAGGAUGUCAGCUAUGGGGCAUUGAAGAAAAGAUGCAAGACAGAACCCCACACAGGUCUCCUGCUUUUGCCAAUCACUGAAAAGCUAGAUUCUUCCAAACUCAUCUUUGAUGGUGUACGUAAACCAGUAACAGCACAGCAGUUGCUGGAUUGCGGAGUGCUCGACAAACCAACAUUUAACCAGCUAAUAAAGGGUGAGAAAACUGUCCCAGAGGUGUCUGUGGAUAAGAAGGUAUUUCUUAAGGGAACAGGAUCAAUUGCCGCUGUGGCAGCUGGACCUUUAGGGAAAAUGUCUUUAUCUGAAGCCAAGAGACAGAUGCUUAUGCCCACAGAUAGUGCAGAUAUGCUACUGGAUGCUCAGGCUGCCACAGGCCACAUAAUUGACCCCAAAACCAAUCAGAAGCUGACAGUAGAGGAAGCAUGUGCCAGGGGAGUGGUGGACAAUAGGGAUCGAGACAGACUCUUGGCAGCAGAAGCUGCUGCUGUGGGCUUCCGGGAUCCUAGCACUGCUAAGCCAGUUUCAGUGUCUGAGGCAAUGAAGAAGGGAUUAAUUGACAGGAAGACUGGGCUACGCCUUCUGCAGGCCCAGGAGUCUGCAGGGGGCAUUCUAGAUCCCAACCUCAGUGUGUUCCUCCCGAAAGAAAUAGCUAUAAAACGCAAUCUUUUGGAUGAAGACCUCUUGUAUGCGCUAAACCAGAGUCCUAAAUAUUAUCUUGACCCAGACACUGAGCGUGAUGCUAGCUAUGGGGCUUUAAAGAAAAAAUGCAAAACAGAGUCACACACAGGCCUAAUUAUUCUGCCAAUCACUGAGCGGAAGGACCCUUCCAAACUAAUGUUUGAAGGGGUCCGCAAGUCAGUCUCAGCACAGCAGCUGUUUGAAUGUGGAGUCAUUGACAAGCCAACUUUUAACCAGCUAGUGAAAGGGGAGAAAACGGUUCCAGAGGUAUCUGUGGAAAAGAUGGUUUAUCUGAAGGGUACUGGACCUAUUUCUGGAGUGAUGGCAGGGCGUCAAGGAAAAAUAUCUUUGUCAGAAGCGAAGAAACAGAAGCUUCUGCCUGAUGAUUGUGCAGAUUUGCUGUUGGAAGCUCAGGCUGCAACAGGCCACAUCAUUGACCCUAAAACUGAUAACAAGCUGACAGUAGAGGAGGCAUGUGCUAAAGGAGUGGUAGACAUUAGUGAUCGAGACAGAUUGUUGGCAGCAGAGGCUGCUGCUGUGGGAUACAAGGAUCCUAGUUCUGGCAAGCCUCUUUCAGUGUUUGAGGCCAUGAAGAAGGGGCUAAUUGACAGGAACACUGGGCUACGCCUCCUUCAGGCCCAGGAGUCAGUGGGGGGAAUUCUAGAUCCUAAUCUCAGUGUGUUCCUGCCAAAAGACACAGCUAUCCAACGCAACCUUUUGGAUGAAAACCUCCGUCAUGCUCUAAAACUGAGUCCGGCUUGUUACCUUGACCCAGAACCUGAGAAUGAUGUCAGUUAUGGGACUUUGAAGGAAAGAUGUAAGACAGAGCCUCGCACAGGCCUACAACUUUUGCCCAUCUCUGAGACUUUUGACCCCACCAAACUACUUUUUGACGGUGUCCGUAAAACAGUCACAGCACAGCAGUUGCUUGAAUGUGGGGUGCUGGAUAAACCUACUUUGCACCAACUUAUAAAAGGGGAGAAAACUGUCCAAGAUGUUUCUGUUGAUAAGAGGGUCUUCCUGAAGGGGACAGGGUCAAUUGCUGGUGUUGCUGCUGGACCUUUAAAGAAAAUGACCUUUACAGAGGCAAAGAAACAGAAUAUUAUGUCUUCUAGCUGUGCUGAUUUGCUACUUGACGCCCAGGCAGCUACAGGCCACAUCAUUGACCCCAAAACUAAUCAGAAACUGACAGUAAAAGAAGCAUGUGCCAGAGGAGUAGUGGAUAAAGGGGAUGAGUCAAAGUUAUUUGCAGCUGAGGCUGCCGCCAUAGGUUACAGAGACCCAAAUACUACCAAGCUCCUGUCAGCAGGCCAGGCCAUGAGGAUGGGAUUAAUUGACAAGGACACAGCUUUACGUAUACUUCAGGCUCAAGAGUGUGUAGGGGGAAUUUUGGACCCCGCCAUCAGUGUUUUCCUACCGAAAGACAUUGCUAUGGAUCGGGGUCUCAUAGAUGAUGACCUAUACCAGGCCCUGAAUCAAGGUCCUAAGUGUUAUCUGGACCCAGAAUCCCAACAAGCAAGCACAUAUGUAUCUCUGAAGAAAAAAUGUAAAGCUAAUCCAAGCACAGGUCUUUUGUUUCUACCUGAAACUAAAGAGCAAUUUACUGUCCGGGGGCUCAGGGAACCGGUGUCAGUCGCAGAUCUGGUCGAUGCAAACCUGCUGAAACAGUCUGAUAUAGACCUACUAAACAAAGGCAAGUUAACAAGUAAGGAGAUUGAAGACCGUCUGCACACCUACCUUAGAGGUUCCGCCUGCAUAGCAGGAGUUUAUGAUGAAGCCAACGAUAAAGUUAUGCCCAUCUAUCAGGCCAUGAAAGAUAAGCUGUUGCGACCUGGGACUACCCUGGAACUGCUUGAGGCCCAGGCUGCCUCAGGUUUUAUAAUUGAUCCCAUCAACAACCUGUAUUUGACUGUUAGUGAAGCCUAUAAUAAAAGACUCUUUGGGCCAGAGUUUAAGGAUAAGCUGCUUGCAGCAGAGAGAGCUGUGACUGGUUUCAAAAUGCCUGGUACAGACAAGAUUAUCUCUCUCCUUCAGGCCAUGGAGAGAGGUAUAGUGGAGAAAGGUCAUGGCAUCCGUCUACUAGAGGCCCAAAUUGCCAGUGGUGGUAUCAUUGAUCCUGAACACAGUCAUCGCAUUGACGUGAAUGUAGCCUAUAAGAGAGGUUACUUUGAUGAAAAAAUGAACAAGAUCCUGACAGAUGAGGAUGAUGAUACCAAGGGUUUCUUUGACCCCAACACGGAGGAAAACCUUACCUAUCUGGACCUUAAGAAACGCUGUAUUACAGAUAAGAAGACCGGCCUUUUUCUUCUGCCUAUCGUGGACAAGAAAAAGUUAGAGUCAACUCACAAGAACACUAUGAGAACGAGGAGAGUGGUAAUUGUGGAUCCAGAAACUAAUAACGAGAUGACGGUUCGUGAAGCAUAUGACAAAGGGUAUAUUGACUACGACACUUAUCUGGAGCUGUCCCAGCAGGAGUGUGAGUGGGAGGACAUCACCACCACUGCUCCAGAUGGUUCUGUACGGUUGGUUAUCAAUGACAAGAAGACUGGAAAACAGUAUGACAUUAAUGAUCUGCUUGAAAAGCGAGUUAUUGACCAUACAGUUCUAGAUCAGUACCGCUCACAUACCAUCACCCUCGCUGAAUUUGCAGAUAUUAUCACUAAAAAGACAAAACCUGGAUCACUUUCAUCAUCAUCAUCAUCAACAACCUCAAAACCAUCUGCUUUAUCUUCAGUGACAGCCUCAUCAUUAACUUCAAGAACAUCAGCAUCUUCAGUUACAUCUUCAUUGACAUCAUCAUCAACUUUAAGAACAUCAGAAGCCUCAAUGACAUCAUCAUCAUCAGUUGUGCCGAGACCCUUAUCACCCACUCUAGCCAAGAUGACCACAACAAGAACUACCACUAUCACAGAGCGUGGUGGUAAAAUGAGCAGUUUUGCUCCAGACUCACCUGACUCCCUUAAGCAUAAAGCCAGCAUGUCUAUCACUCUGGCCUCUCCUGUUGAGGCAGUGGGUGAACAGGAACCUGUGGGUGCCAUCUUUGACACAGAGUCUCUAGAGAAGAUAACCAUCAUGGAGGCUGUAAAUCGUGGUCUGUUGGAUUCAAUCACUGGUCUGAGACUGCUGGAGGCCCAAGCCUGCACUGGAGGAAUCAUCAAUCCCACAACUGGCAGUAGGCUUGGCAUCCGAGAGGCCUCCCGCCAGGGCAUAAUAGAUGACGACUUUGCCACCAAGCUCAAGCCUGCACAGAAAGCCUAUUUUGGCUUUGAGGAUGUAAAAACCAGGAAAAAGAUGUCUGCCGCUGAGGCCUUGAAGGAGAUGUGGCUGCCACAUGAGGCAGGGCAGAGGUUCUUGGAGUACCAGUUUGUAACUGGGGGGCUUUAUGACCCAGAAGUGGGCUGCAGAAGAUCCAUAGAGGAUGCUUUGAAAAUGGACUGGCUGGAUGUGAGAUCAGCCCAGAAGCUCCAAGACAUCAGACACCACACAAAGAAUCUGACCUGCCCCAAGAGCAAACUUAAGAUCUCUUACAAGGAGGCUCUGGAUAAUUGCCUGGUGGAGGAAAGCACUGGGGUUAGAAUGCUCCAGGCAUCAACUGUGUCCUCAAGAGGGAUCAGCAGUCCAUACAAUGUCAGCUCUGCCCCAGGAUCCACCACAGGCUCCAGGAGUGGCUCACGACGAAGCUCCCGCAGGAGCAGCGUGGACCUGGGCACUCCCACCUCCUCCUCAUUAACGACUCGCUACUGUCAUACAAGCUUUUCCAACUUCUCCAGCCAUUAAAUCAUGCAAAGAAAGGGUCAUGUACAUGCAAGCUCUUAUCUUGCAACUGAAUCAUCUAUUUUUAAUGUUUGGAAAAGCAACUGAGUUAAAGAAUAGAAAUGUGUGAGUUGUGUAUGAGGAGAAAAAUUCAAGUUUAACAUUUAAAAUUCUUGAACUUUUUAAAUAGUUUUAUGUUUUAGGUUUGGUGUUGCUAUGCUUUUGAAAUGCUGGGUCCAAUGACCAUGAACACUAUAAUGAGAAUGGAUUUUAUUAUUAAUACAAGUCAUCUUAAGGUAUUUGGUUUGAAAAUGAAGUGUUUGUUAUUAUGAAUGUUGGUGCCCCCUAAAAUAGGCUUAAAAAUAAUGGCCAAACUCUCGCAUGGACAUAUUUCAAAUCUGUUUUUUAGGAUCUUUUUUGAAUAUAACUACUUUUUAAACCUUGCAUUGGUAAGAUAAAUUAAGGGUAGUAUGUUUACAUUUAUUUGACAUUAAAAUAUCCUGUUUUGUGCGAGGAGGGAUGCAUGGCUGGGUUGCAUUUAUUAGCUUAACAAUUCUUUUCUUUUUUUUUACUGGAUCAGUUGUUAACCAUUGUUCCUUGUACUUUCAUGCUUAAACUUUUGUAACUUUCUCAGUAUCUCACAAUAAAAAAAACCUAACGUUUGA